AUGCCAGGUCUAGAUACUAGUCAGAUUAAAGAUUGGCGAUCAAUCGUCACCCUCAUUGUUUUCAUCUUUACAAUCCGAGAUACUCUAAGUGCCUUGCGAGUAAUACCUCCAAAGGAAGACCGUUCUCAAAAUGAUGCCGAGAAUGACCUGGAUGGAAAAGCUGGACACUUCCUACGACUAAACUUUCCCCUGAACUUUGUAACAGCACCUUUGAUAGCGGAUCUCCUCCUGCUUGCCAUUGGAGCAAUUGGCCGAGACGAAGUGCACGAUGGCACAAUCGGAGCGAAUAAUAUCUCUCCAAUCGAUAUCAUGAUAUUCUUCAUCACUUUAGCAUAUAUUGCUAUGUCCAUCGACGCCUCAGGAUUCAUCAGGUACUUGGCGUUCAAGGUGCUCCAAAAAGGAGGGAAGGCUGGACACAGGCUCUUCUUUUACCUCUAUUCUUUCUUCUUUGGCCUGGGCACUUUUAUUGGGAACGACCCAAUUAUCUUAUCCGGCACCCCGUUUCUCGCCUACAUGACCCGAGCCUCGAGCAACAUUGUCCAUCCAAGAGCAUGGAUCUACACCCAGUUCGCUGUGGCCAACAUUGCGUCAGCCAUUCUGGUCUCUUCCAAUCCGACUAAUCUCGUGCUUGCUGGGGCUUUCAAUGUCAAGUUCCUCAAAUACACUGCAAACAUGGUCGUUCCUGUCGUUAUCACGGCUGCAAUUCUGUUCCCUUUCUUGCUCUACGUGGUGUUCGCGGACGAAUCACUCAUCCCGUCGUCGAUCAAGAUGCAUGAGCUCUCCGAAGAAGCGAAGGCCAAGAAGCCCGUAAAUCCCAACAUUCCUUACACUCGGGGGAAGUCUGGGAAACAGCAGAAUAGUGUGGUGGACGAUGAACAAAGCAACCUCCUCUCUCUUGAGGAGAUAAUGAAUCCUUUCCUGGACAAAGGAGGUGCGGCUUUUAGUGCUGUCAUCAUGGCUGCGACACUUAUCACCGUGCUGACAAUCAACACUGUGAACCAGAGUGGCAGUGAAUAUCCGGUAUUUUGGGUGACCUUGCCAGCUGCUUUCGUCAUGUUUUGCUGGGACAUCGCUUGGGGCUGGUAUCAUAGACAUGAGACGCGUGAGAUCGCUCGCAGGGAUCGGCAGGAAGUUGAACAUGGUGGAGCCGAACGAACAAUCGGAGAGAAGCAGGAACAGAAACAAGUGCAUCCGGAACAAGGCGUGCAAAACGCUAUAGCAUACAAAUCUGCACUAGAACAGGCGCUUUCACUACCAUCUCAACUACAAAGCCAAACAAACGCUGGUAAUCGGAGUAUCGACGCAAAUACAAACAACCAGACAACGCUGGCUGUUAGUGAUAAUGGAAGAAGGCCACCAUAUCCUGUUUUCCUGUCGAGACCAGCUCUGGCGCAUAUUACCUCCAAAGACGAUAGCUAUCUCUCUGCAUCGUCACCACGUCCGUUUAAGUCAUGGAACCAGGAGUCCAUAACAGGAGAUUCCCACAACAUCCAACAACCCACCAGCGCUAUGGGCUCCAUGGAUGAGAAGUCGGAAUUGAUCCAUCUAGACCCCAGUCGUCUACCACAUGGGCUGUCGGGAAUGAUGUCCAAUAUGAAGGCGGAUAAGGAAAAGCAGAUGCAUCCCAUGCAAGUUUCUUGUGGAGCAGCGCUUUUACGUGAGAGUGGCCGACCGACAACUCUCGUAUCACUCGUCGCUGAUGCGUACAGAUGGUUGCAAGAGACAUUCCCUACAGUCAUGGCCGUCCUGGCGCAUCUGCCAUUUGCGCUGGUGCCUUUUAGCUUCUGCAUGUUUGUGCUCGUGCAAGCGUUGGUUACCAAAGGCUGGGUGUCGGUAUUCGCUUACAGAUGGGACCGUUGGGUGGACAAGACUGGGACUAUCGGUAGCGUCGGUGGCAUGGGCUUUCUCUCUGUUUUACUCUGCAAUUUUGCCGGCACGAAUAUUGGUACUACCAUCCUUCUCUCCCGCGUAAUCCAGGCGUGGCAAGAUAUGCACCGCGCCAGUGGCAUCCCGAUCAGCGAUCGGACAUUCUGGGCAACAGUGUACAGCAUGGCAAUUGGCGUUAACUAUGGUGCAUUUAGCACGGCAUUCAGCGCAUCGCUAGCCGGGCUCCUCUGGCGGGAUAUUCUUUCCAGAAAGCACAUUCACGUCCGGCGACUCGACUUUGCUCGAGUGAAUCUUCCCAUUAUCGCUAUCUCGAUGGUCGUCGGCUGUGCCGUCCUCAUUGGCGAAGUGUACAUUACCAGAGAUAAAGCCCCUUAUCGGCCAUUAUGA